GGUGUGGAGCCCGGCCUGUGAUUGGCUGGUGGCGCCAGCAUCUCCUUGUUGUGAAGGUUACUAAACGGCGCUUAGCAUGAAGCCGUGGGAACAGCUCGCUUUCCCGCAGCGAACGGAGGCAUGAGGAGGCACAGCGGUCCAUGCGACGGUCAAGGUCUGUGAGGGCCAGCGGGCUCGGAGCUGAGAGACCCGAGCAGAUCACGGGACCGGCAGAGAGCGGCGCCGACAUGAGGCUCGCAUGGCGCUGGGGAGCACCCAGGCAGCUGUUAUGGGCACUCAUUGUUCUGAGUGUGCUGACCUUGGUGAUGAUCUCUCUGCGUCUGAUCCAGACGAGGCCCGACGAACCUGUCGACUGGCACGUCAGCCCCGCCCAUAAGCAGCUGGUGCAUGAGAACGUGCGCAGGGUCCUGGAGGGCGAGUGUCGCGCCGGCGGCAGCAGAGAGAGGCUGCUCGCUCGGUUCCCGUCUUCCAGCGGAGCCGUCCAGCCCUUCCUGAGGAAGGACGAGCCGCUCCCCGACCGGCUCUUCCUCUACCCGCCGCCGUUCGGAUUCCGAGGUCUCGAAGGCAAAGUGGAGGAGCUGCUGCAGCUGCUGCCAGCUCCUGGCUCUGAUCCUCUCCCAGAGAAGGCGGCUGGUGAAUGUCGCCGCUGCGUGGUCGUGGGAAACGGAGGCAUACUGAAGGGCCUGGAGCUGGGUCGGCUGAUUGACCGCUUCAGCACCGUGAUCAGGCUGAACAGCGGCCCUCUGGGAGAGUUCAGCGCCGACGUGGGAAAUCGAACCAGCAUCAGAAUGAGCUACCCUGAGGGCACGCCUGUCCACUGGACCGACACAGACCCCCACGCUGUGUUCGUAGCUGUGGUGUAUAAACGGGCUGACCUGAGCUGGAUUUCAGCCAUGAUCAAGAAGCUCGGCGUGCCUCUGUGGGACUGGCUCUUCUUCUGGCAGAGGGUUCCGGAGAACAUUCCUCUAGAUCCUUCCAGGUUCCAGCUUCUGAACCCUCUGGUCAUCAGAGAGACCGCCUUUGGCUUCCUGAAAUACCCUCAACCCAGGCAGCGCCUGUGGGGCUGGGACCAGAACGUACCAACCCUGGGGGUUUCCGCACUGAAUCUGGCCAGCCUGCUGUGUGACGAGGUCAGCCUGGCGGGCUUCGGCUACAACCUGUCCCAGGGGAGGGCGCCGCUGCACUACUACGACCACUUGCCCAUGAGUUUGAUGGAGCAGCAGAAGAUGCACAACGUGGGCAAAGAGACUCAGUUCCUUCAAAGGCUUGUGAGAGAGGGCGUCAUCAGUGACCUGACUGGAGGAAUCCACUGCUCGUUCUGCUCUAGCUGAGCCUGUCCUGCGGGCGUUUAACAGCACUGUAAGCUCUUGUUUUGAAAGACUGGCCCUGUGCAGGAGCAAAGGAUGGUAGACUGACACAGAAGAAAGCUGAACAUAUGAUGUAAAAGAAUUUGGCUGGAAACAAGUAAAGGUCUAACGUGGCGUAAAGAUGGAGGAUUCUUUUUGAUUUGAUGCAAAACCAACAUUAAAACAGACGCCUGCUUGUGUUUCAGUGUAAAUGUCCAGAAGCAGCAUUGCUCCCACCAACUGCACACUUCCUGCAAUGAUCUCGUCAUUUGAAAGCUACCGAGUUGCAGGAAUUCAUAUCAGUAUGGCGAUUCUUUCACAUAAUCUAGGGUACAAACCAUCUGCACUGCUUUUAUUGGUGUAUAAUGUUUUUUUUUCUAACGGGUCUCAGAGUUCUAGUUGUAUUUAAAGCGAAGCGAACAAUGCCAAGCUGGGUCUUGGUUCUGAUCAUUCCUCAGCUCAGUAUAUGAACUGGCAUGUUGUUUAUGCUGAGACUGGCUCCAGAACUAAAUUAUUUUAUGCAAUGAUCACAAUUUACAAUUCUGCUGCGUUAGGAGCUUUAUUUGAAGCUGGCUUCAAAUAGUUCUCUUUUUUCUUUUUUGUGCUAUGACCACCGUUCAAAUGUUAAUUAGCAUUUUCAGAUUACACUGUCCGGCUUUCCCAAACAUGAUAUGAAAUUUAUUUUUUUCUACGUUGGUUAACACUGGAGUCAUAUUUAUGUUAAAACUUAAACUGGAAAUGUUACAAAUGUACCUUUUGGUUUAUGUUGGAUGUAAAAAAAAAACACUGCUUUAGCAAUAUUGACUUUAUAUGAAAUAAAAUCUAAAUAUAGAGAUGA